UUGCACUAUCCGUGCUCUAUUGCCACAGAUCAUACUACAUGUAACUGACAUAAACCAUGUAAAUUGGGAUGGGGUCCAUGUAUAAGUUUUGUAUAACUUCUCAUAUCGAUAUUUCAACAGUAUUACUAAAGUCGGUAAACAGAAUAUACAAGUAUACCUACGUAGGAAGGCGAUUUAAUUCGGCCACCGUUACAUUAGAAGAUGGAAGUGCAGCAGGUUCUAGCAGCAGUCUCUCCACCACAGCUAUUAUGCCUAGGGUCCUAGCUUAUCCCCCAAAGUACAAAAGAGUACAACAAGCAUGGGUUGAGAACCUUGACACUGUGGAAGAGCAGAAGCUUGGACUGAUUGACCUACAUCCAGAUGUGUUUGGUGCGCAGCCUAGAAUUGACAUCAUCCAUGAAAACAUAGAAUGGCAGACAAAGUAUAGACAAGUGCGAUAUGAUCACACAAAAACCCGUGCAGAAGUCCGUGGAGGUGGAAGGAAACCUUGGCCACAAAAAGGUACUGGGAGAGCUCGUCAUGGCAGCAUACGUUCACCCCUGUGGCGAGGGGGAGGUCUUUCACAUGGCCCUCGAUCUCCCAAGACCUACUUCUAUAUGUUACCAUUCUACACCAGAGUUCAUGGCUUGAUAUCUUGCCUUUCCGUGAAACUAGCACAGGAUGAUUUGCAUAUUGUGAAUUCUCUGGAAAUCCCAACAGAUGAUCCAAAAUAUAUUGAAGAUCUUGUAGACAGUCGGACCUGGGGGCCAUCUGUUCUCCUUGUGGAUGAGAUGGACAUAAUGCCAAGAAACAUCACUGCUGCAACUGAUUCCAUAUUACAUUAUAACCUGAUGCCUGUUUAUGGGUUGAAUGUAUACAGCAUGUUGAAACAUGACACCCUCGUACUCACUCUAGCAGCAGUGAAUCGUAUUGAAGAGAAAUUGUUGUACCAACUAAACAGACCUGACAUCUGUAAUGUGGUGAAGAAGUAUGAGUUAAAUCAGAAUGGCUAAGGCAGUGACUUUGGAUUGAUCUGUAUAAAAUAAACUUUGACAUUCUAACUUUGUUAAUCAGUUUCUAUUAUAUGCAUACAUCUGUGUCAUUAAAGAAUUGGAGAUUACAGAAGAUGUUUUACAGCUACCUUUUGGUCUAUGCAUAUGUGUUUAUUUAUUGGGCAAAUGUGAAACACAAAAAGUUCUGUUACAUGCUCAUGAAGGUGGUCUAGAAAUAAAUGCAGAAAAAAUAUAAGCAUA